AUGGCCUUAGAUCCCACGCCCUCAUCCCCUACCGACUCUAUCAACAUAGACGUUCUUGAGGCUGAGAUCACUCGCCUAAAGGAAAACAUUGCAGGAAAAGACGAAACUAUUCAAAAACUCUCCAAACAACGGCGGACGGAAGAGGAACUUCGAGAGGAAGUUGAGUCGAUGCAAGAGAACCUCUUGCUGAUUGGCCAAGAACAUGUGGAAGCGAAAGAGAGAAUCAAGGUCCUAGAGGCGGAAAAGAAACAGCUCCUAGUUAGGAUUGUUGAGCUUGAGAAAGGAGCAGAAGAUGCCAAGGUUAACUCGAACGCACAAGCAGAGCUUAAUGAGCUCCAGCAAGAGUAUGACGAGCUCAAGUUCAAGGCUUCCACUCUUCAUACCGAUCUUGCGGCAGCGCAGGAGCUUGCUCAGAGCCGAUUCAAAGACCUCACAGAACUCCGAGCCAUUCUUCAAAAGGCCCAGCCUGAACUCAAGAGCCUUAGACAAGAGGCCGCUCUCCUGAAGACAACCAAAGAGGAGCUAAUGAAGAAGGUCGCGGAAAUCCGCGCCCUCGAGAAGAAGGAGAAGGAGCUCAGGAUGGACCUUAAUCGUGCUCAGAGAUUCACGGCGGACCGGGAGGCAGAAAUCAAAAUUCUGAAAGAAAAGGUAUCAGCAGAGACAACUAGCCGUCUCCGACUAGAGGAUGUAAACCGUGCGAUAGGACGAGAUCUCAGACGAUCAGAAGCUGAGAAGGUCGAGAUUAGUGCUAAGGAGGAGAAGACACAGCGCGAGCUCAAGCAGCUACGGGAAUUACAGCCUAAGAUGCGCGAACUUCAAGAGCAGGUCGAAAAGUUAGAAAUAACAAACAAACGUCUGCGCGAAGAGACCGACCUCAAGGCACAGCAGUACUCUAGCGCCCAGGGGCUUCUUGAUAGCAUGCGAGACCAAACUACCGAGCUAACGGUGCAGCUACGGGAAGCACGAUCUCAGGCCGAAUCGCUCGAGGAGGAGCUCGCCGAGGUCCAACGCAUGCUCGGCGAGCGCGCACGUGAGGGUGAGACCAUGAGGCGUCUCCUUGCCGAUGUUGACGACCGUGCAGAUGGCCAAGUCAGAGACAUGCGCACACGUAUGGAGGCCGCCAUCGAAGAGCGCGAUCGAGCAGAAGAGGAGUCAAGCGCCCUGGGAAGGCGUAAAGCCAGGGAGACGGAAGAUCUACGUCAAAAGGUUCGCGAACUUGAGCGUGAAAUCAAAUCCCUCGCAAACGUAAAAGAUGAGCUGGAACAACGCGAGCGAGAGUGGAAGAGACAGCGUCAUGAACUCGAGAGUGUCGAACAGAAAGCCGACACCGAGGUUGCGGAAGCGCGCGCUGCAGUAUCAGACAUGAAAACAGCCCUAGACGCCUCGGAGAGACAGGUCAGCGACGCAGAAAGGCAAAAGAUGGAGCUUCGGAGGCUACUUGAAGAGGCCAGGCAAAAGCACGACCGCAUAGCACGGGACCUCAAAUUGGCCCAGGCCAAGGCGUCAAGCGGCAGUGUAGGUGGGCGCACGUCGAUCGAGUCAGCGCGAUCCGGGUCCUCGGUAGCGGGCCCGUCGCCAGGUACUCCCGAUGCUAUGUACCUAAAAACGAUCCUCUUACAGUUCUUGGAACAGAAGGAUAAUAGGCUUAGGGCACAAUUGGUCCCCGUCCUUGGGAAGCUGCUUCGAUUUGACCAGUAA